UUUUUUUUAAUGAAGCAUAUCCAAUUCAAUUAUAUGUUUUAGUUUACGGUUUGCGUCACAUUACUUUCUUCCAAUGGGGGAGGAAAAGCCGGACACGCUGGACUUUGUGAAGGAUUUCCAGGAGUAUUUAAGCCAGCAGACGCAACAUGUCAACAUGAUAUCAGGCUCUGUCAGCGGGGUAAAGGAGGUGGACGAGCUGCCAGCAGACUGCAGCCAGAAUGGGCUUGAUCAUCCCUCGGUGGACAUGUCAUUGGAGGAUGGCUCAGGGAUCUUGGUAGAUGGAUUUGAGAGGACCUAUGAUGGCAAGCUCAAGUGCCGCUACUGCAACUAUGCUACCAGAGGCACAGCACGGCUCAUUGAGCACAUACGGAUUCACACAGGAGAGAAACCUCACCGCUGCCACCUGUGCCCAUUCGCCUCAGCAUAUGAACGCCACCUGGAAGCCCACAUGCGGUCACACACAGGUGAGAAGCCGUACAAAUGUGAGCUGUGCUCCUUCCGCUGCAGCGAUCGCAGCAACUUGUCACACCACCGGCGUAGGCGUCACAAACUCCUGCCCAUGAAAGGUGCUCGGUCACUUACCCAUAAAAAGAUGCUGAGUGUUCUACAGAAAAAAGCAAACUCAUUGGGAUAUGGCCGACGGCUCCUCAUCAACUUCAGCCCCCCUUCUAUGGUCGUGCACAAGGCUGACAAUGUAAACGACUUCUCCCACGAGCUGCCACAUUUACGCCAGGAAGCCUACGAUAAUCCGAGUCGAGCUGUUGAAGAGGAGCUUUCUGCAAAUCAGAAUCACCAUCACCACGAUAUGGUGAUGGAUAACCCCCUGAACCAGCUGUCCACCCUGGCAGGCCAGUUGGCCAGCCUCCCAUCAGAGUCCCAGGCACAGACUCAGCCCCCCAUGUCUCCAGGAACAGAGUCUGUUGUGGACGAAAAGCCCUUCCUCAUACAGCAGCCGCACCCAGCCACUGCCCCCGUAGCCAUCACAGCCAGCAUGGCCCACGCUUCUUCUUCCUCCCCCAUCACCCCAGAGCCCAGGGCCCCCCCGCACAGCAGCUGCAGUCCCGGUGGUGGGCCGUGCAGCGAGCGCACCAGCACUCCCAGUGUUUCCAACAGCCAACCCAGCACACCGGCCCCGGGCCCGUCCGCUCCGCUUCAAGACCCACACAUGCUACAUCACUGCCAACACUGUGACAUCUAUUUCCCCGACAACAUCCUCUACACCAUCCACAUGGGCUGCCAUGGCUACGAGAACCCUUUCCAGUGCAACAUCUGUGGCCACAAGUGCAAAAGCAAGUAUGACUUUGCGUGCCACUUUGCACGUGGGCAGCACAAGUAAAGUUUCUUAUUCUUUGAAAGAACUUUGAACUAAUAACUUGAGGGUUUUUUGUUUUAUUUUUUGCAUAGUAAUUUUAUUUAUUGGUCUUUACCUUGGCCUGUAUGUAGCUUAGUAUUUUAAAGUUGUACUUGCACAGGAUUAUGUUCAGAUGGUUUAUUAUAUAUAACUAAAAGUGCCCAUUCCAGUAUACUGAAAAAGGAUGAUCAGUGUUUUUUGACAGUUUGAGAAUUUUUUUGUGGUAUGCCAUAAAUAUUGAGAACCACUUCCUGGCUUGUAUGCAUAAAUAAAAUCUUAAAAGUUCAAUACAUUUCUAAUGUUGGACCUUAAAUAAGUUAUAUUUACAAAAAAUCAAACUUGUCAAGUGAACCAAAACCAUAAAAAAAUACCUAAAGUAAUGUUGCAAAGACUGUCUGAAAACAGAUUGGUUGAAACGUGCAGGAAAAACUGACAAAACUGCAACUAAUAAAGUUGCUAAAUGAAGAUUUUAACUGACUAAAUUUGUAUAAAUAUAUUAAAUUGCACAACCUAUGCUUUCCAGAGUUACAAGGGAAAAGCCUUAUCACAUGUUUUAUUUGGUUGUCAAUACAGUAUUUCUGCAGAAAAUAGAAAUGAUAAAAUUUCAAAAAGAGAUCCAAUUUUUACGUCUGUGACAGCACCACAAAAAUAUAUUCUCAAUGCCGCUGAAGCUACUUUUACCUUUUUCUCAGAUCCGAAUACAAAUUGAAACAGUUGACCUCGAGUGAUCUCACUUACCGUAAGCCUUGCUGAAAUGAUUUUAGUGCUAUUUCUUUACAGUGCCUGACAUUGUCACCUUCCUGUGAGUUCAAGUUUGAGAUGACUGUUAUUUAGAGUUAUUAAAACAUUCUCUUUUAACCACAACAGCUAUAAAUUCAGCAGAAAAAAAAACAUUUGGCUGUCAUUGUUUUAAUGUGGUAGCCAUGAUUUUUAUUAUUAAUUUUUUUUGUGUUAAAAUUCUGCUCGGUUCUGCUAAGAAAUUUUAGAGUCAAUGCCAGCUCCUCUAUUAAAAUGGCAUCAGCAGUUACAGCUGGCCAAACCGUGUCAGCCACUUUGUGUUCUUUGUUUCAUGAAGUGCACUACUGUCAUAAAAUUAUACUUUAUUUAGAUUGAAAGGGUUUUAUCCUUUUACUUACAUCAUUUCAUCUUUGUAUUUUUUUUUGUUUGUUUUUUGUUUUUAUAUUAACCGAAGUCGUUUUGAUAUCCAGUGCCUCUUUAUUUAGGCAAAUCAAAUUUUAUGUCUUGUGACUUUUUCAGGAUUGCCACGUAGCACKGAGGUUGCCAUGUUUGAGCCUUUAUAACAACUCAGACUGAGACUUUCCUUUGAUUUUAUGAAUCCCAGUGUUUUUAUAUAUAUAAUAUUUACUGAGUAUUGUAUUCUGAAUGGUUUUAUAGAUGUUCAGUGUCAGAAAAAAGCUAAAUCAUAAGACUGCUACGUCAGUGGGGUUGUUGUUUGUCUUUGGGCACUGUUGUCUGUUGCUUUGCAACAUGUGUAGAGGAUGUAGUUGGUUUUAGGAGCCCCUCCUUGUUAAUGAUCUUUAACAGUAAUGGGACACUCAGUAAAGGCUGCCUUAUAUGUUCUCAAUGUGUCGUAGGUUCAUAGGUAACGGUGAAUGUUUCCGCCUUUUGGCGAUCACCAUCUUUCUGAGCUGAGAUGGUAAAUCAUUUUAUUGUGAAACUGAUUACUAAUUUAUAAGUAAAGUGUUUUCUAUCUGAA